CUCAUGCCAGACGCGAAUAUAUGCACAACUAUUGUAGAAUCUUCCGCGAAGCGCGGCAGUCUUCAUCAUACUGUGCCUUAAUUAUUAAUCAAUAAUUUCGACGCCUCACCAUUGAACAACGGAACAUGGCUCAUUUUUUAAGAGGAAAGCAAGCUGGGAUCCAGAACGACUUCUCCUCCGGACUCGGCCCAGAGCUGUUUUUGCCGGAUGAUUUGACUCACUACGGCGUGAGCUCCCAAGUGUCUACGGUGGCCUAUGAUCCAGUACAGUCCCUCCUUGCGGUGGGAACCAAUGAGUCCAAGUAUGCUGGUGGCCAAAUAUAUGUCUAUGGCCAGAGAAGAGUUUGUGUAUCACUUAAUCUCUCGCGUCGAGCCUCAGUAAAGUCGCUGCGAUUCUGUGCCGACAAACUCAUCUGCCUCGAUUCCAAAAAUGAGGUUACAAUCUUCCUGCUCAAUGAGAGGCGACCUGAGGCCAAAUACACACCUCCGUCAUUGGUAACAGCAUUGUUGACAGAUCCGAGCAUGGACUGGAUGUUUUUGGGUCUUCAGAAUGGUGAAAUCGUUGCAUAUGAUCUGGAUCGUAAUGAGCUUGCUCCAUUUAAGCUGCCCAACUUCUGGAGGUCCCGCAGUCCUCGGAGCCGAUCUCCGCCAAUUGUAUCAUUGUCACUGCAUCCUCGAGACAUCGGGAAGCUAUUGAUUGGUUAUACUGACGGUGCCAUUAUUUUCUCUUUCAAAGAGAACCAACCGAUAACAUAUCUCGAGUAUGAGCUGCCAGCCGGUGCACCGGGAGGUGAUGCCGAUCCCACAUCUAUGAACACCAUUCGUCGCCCCAGGCUGACCCAAGCUUUAUGGCAUCCCACUGGAACUUUUGUCUUGACUGGUCAUGAAGACUCCAGCUUCGCCAUCUGGGAUCCGAAAGACGGGCGUCUCAUCAUGGCGAGAACUCUUCAGGAUGUAAACGUUCAUAAGCAAGGGGCCCCUGUGGGUUCUUCGGGUUCCAGUCCUGGAACAUUUUCUGUCAACGCGCCUUUAUUUCGAAUAGCGUGGUGCUCGAAACAGAAUGCGGAUGAUACUGGUAUUCUCAUUGCUGGUGGCAGGCCAACGACGCAGCUGGGGAAGGGUCUCACUUUUGUUGACCUUGGCAAAACACCAAAUUAUAUGACUUCGUCCUGGCAGAUCCUCUCGGAUCAUUUUGCGUCUCCGAAAAAGCAGCAUGUUCUGUCCACCCCCUCGGCUGCCGAAGUGAUCGAUUUCUGCUUGGUUCCUCGAACAUCCCCGCAUUAUGAGGGCUGCCAUGACCCAAUAGCAAUUUUGGGUCUUUUGUCCUCGGGCGAGAUUAUUACGUUAAGCUUCCCUAGCGGACAUCUUAUAUCCCCGUCAAACCAGCUGCAUGUGUCUUUAUCUUUUGUUCAUCCAUUCAUCAACAAAAUCGCCUUGUCUACCGUUGAGAGGACCCGCUGGUUAGGAAUGGUGGAAGCCAGAGCCCAUGGACCUCAAUUCCUGAAAGGAGGUGCGGAAGCAACUCAUCCUUUACGUCGGUUUGAACGCCGAAAUAUUGUAUUGGCGGCGCAUGCAGAUGGCGUUAUCCGAAUCUGGGAUGCUGGACACGGGGAUGAGAUCGAAAAUGCGAAUGUUGUUCAAGCUGACGUUCCUCGAGCGGCUGGAGAUGUGACAAACGUAGAGGUUGCUGCAAUGUCCAUGUCUGGCGUCACUAGCGAGCUCGCUGUUGGGCUAAAGUCUGGGGAGAUUUUGGUGUUUCGAUGGGGUGUCAAUCAGUUCUAUGGAUCAGAGCUAGCAGAUACGAGCCAGCAAGCCAGCGAGACGUCCGUUCUAGAUAUUCAAGACCGGGCGGACCCUUCUCUGAAAGAGGGUCUCCUCCCUCAGGUACUGCUCCAACUGGGACUUGGACCCGUGUCAGCCAUUAAAAUGACAGAUGUCGGCUUUGUGGGGGCAGGGUUUGAGAAUGGAGAACUGAUCAUUCUCGAUAUGCGAGGUCCUAAUGUCAUCUACCAAGCAAAUUUGAGCUCUUUUGUUCAACGAAGCAAGCGCUCCAGCUUCUUGAAAGGAGAAGACUUGGUUGGAGACAAACCAGAGUGGGCGACUACAAUAGAAUUUGGCACCAUGUGCCUUGAUGGCGAAGAUUAUACUAGCCUCUUAUGCUUUGUUGGAACAAAUACCGGUCGCGUUGCCACUUUAAAAAUCCUUCCAGGGCCAAGCGGAGGCUAUGCGGUGCAGUUUGCUGGUUCAACCGCUCUUGAUGAUCGCGUUGUGUCCAUUACACCAUUAAAUAUAGACUCCGGAUAUGCUACAUAUGCUACGCAAGCGGCAGUGGCCAACCUGAGGACCGGCUCCAAAGUGAACGGGGUGAUUGUUGCAGUCUCUGUGUCCGGUGCUCGAAUUUUCAAACCGACAUCUGCAAAAGGAGCUCAUAAGAGUUGGGACAAAUACUUUUGUGACACCGCCAGUGUUGUUCAUGUGCAUGACCGUGGUGCUGCUAUAGUCGGGUUGUUUGGCGACGGCAGCGCAAGAGCAUAUUCAAUACCAGGAAUUAAGGAGAUUGGAGAAGCUAAGCUUGAUCACAAGCUUGAUAUCAGGCGGUUUUCCGAUUCCGCCAUUUCACAAAACGGCAAUCUCUUCGCGUGGGCUGGUCCAUCAGAGUUAGCCGUGAUCGAUCUAUGGGGAGUCGGAGAAGAGAGGGUCAAAUGUUAUGACAAACUUUACAAUCCCGAUGCGCUCGUCCCAGCUAGACCGACAAUCUCAGGCGUUCAAUGGAUCUCAGGAACUCAAUACGUUACGCCUAGUGACAUGGACGUUCUCAUCGGCGGUCCCAAUCGCCCACCUUCGCGGCGAAUGGUUGAGGAAGCAAGACUUCAGCAGGAGCAGCGUCAUCUCGCUGGCCCGGGCCGGUCUUCGUCUGCAUCCGAUGAAGGGUACUGGGCAUACAUGCAACGCCAGCUAAGUGAAAGAGCUGAACAGCUGGGGAUUAGCAGCGAUUCUAUGGAUAGAUUGGAAGAACAUAGUUCGGGUUGGGCCGAUGAUGUCAGUAAAUUCGUUAGCCAGCAAAAGCGUAAAGCAGUCUUUGGAGCGCUCUCCAGUAAAUUUGGGCUCUGAAAGAACUCUUCGUAAGGGGAUUUUUUGCUAUAACAGAUCCGUUGAAGCCCCAUGGUUGCCCCACUUAACGCCCUGCUUUCUCUCAUUUCCGUUCUCGACCUGUCUUUAUUUCACCUCCCGUUCCGAUCCUGAUUUCGGCCCGCCUUGGGAUGAUAACGGACAAACUGACGGUCUGCAUAUUGGCUCUAUUAUCUUGUAGAUGCUUGAAGCAUUUCAUGGUGAUGUAUAUAGAAUUACGGUGUCUUGUUCUGUGGUCAGAUAGGACUAUUUAUUUUCACAGCAACGAUAUUGACGACCCAGAAAUUGAUUUAAUUUGAAUGCCC